AUGUUGAAGCUAUAUGAUCUCCGCAGAAGAUUUCUCUUCGGGUACCUUCGGGGGGUCCUCUUCGUUCUAAAGCUUUAGGAACUCCAUUGUGUAAACAUCACUGAAGUGUCAAAGUGGCAACUGGGUACACUUCAGCCGCCAUUUUGAAAAGGAGUGCUCAAAGCGAGAAAUGUAACACAUUUCGUCCCUAAAUAGUUCACUCUGGCGAUAGGAAAGCUUCUUCUUUUUAUGGGAAAGAAAUAUUUGCUGCUAUAUCUAUAAUCGAGAACAAAAUGUCGGGGCCAAACGCGAAAACUGGAAUGCGAGUGGAGGUUGUUGGUAAAGGACUGGUGGGAACUGUGGCUUAUGUUGGGGCGACCAUGUUUGCAUCUGGCAAGUGGAUCGGAGUUAUUUUGGAUGAACCGAAGGGAAAAAAUGACGGAAUAGUUCAGGGUAAAGAAUAUUUCAAGUGUGCCGAGAACCAUGGAAUCUUUGUGCGUCAGUCUCAAAUAACAGUGCUUGAAGAAGCACCAACAUCACCUUUACCAUCCAGGGGUUCAGUAACACGCAGUAGUCUUGGUGGAGGCACCUCCAUUCCACUCCCAGCAUCAAUAAAAAAAAGAGAAAAGUCUUUUGGGUCUAGAGGUUCUCUGGAGAAUGUUGGCAAUAGAUCUUCCCCUCCUUCCUCCAAGUCUACAACGCCGAAAUCCAGCACAGCUACCUUACCAGAACUUGCAUCAGAUAGUCCCCCAAGCAAGUCUCCUGCUGCAGCUGCCUCUCCCUUGCUAUCGGGCCAAAGGAAGAUGUCUUCAGGACCAUCUAUAUCUGCUGAUGAAUACAUGGCACUUCAAAAGAAGGUGAUUGAAAAGGAAAAAGCUGUUGUGGAUUUAGAGGAGAAACUAGAGACCCUGAAGAGCAAACGACAAGAAGACAAAGCUAAAAUGAAGGAAUUGGAGAAAUCAAGGAUGCAGCUAGAGCAGAUGCAAGAAUAUAAGGCUAGAUGGCAAGAGGCACAGAGAGAUUUACAAGCUCAGCUUAAUGCAACAAAAAAGGAGCUAAAAGAGAUUACUGAAAAUCGUCAAGAACACAGUGAAGAGUUGACCGAGCUACAAGAAGCUGUGGAAAUGGCAACACUGGAUAAGGAAAUGGCUGAAGAAAGGCUGGAGUCCAUUCAGCUGGAAAAUGAACAACUGAAAGACAAGCUGGAAGAAGUUACUCUUGACUUGGAAAUUCUUAAGAAUGAAGUCAGUGAAGGAGGGAUUGAAGGUGCUGCAGCAAAUGCCCAAGUCAAACAACUUGAGCAGCAAAACAGCAGACUUAAGGAAGCAAUAAUGAGGCUUAAAGAGGUCCAAGCAAGUGACAAAUCAGAGAUGCAGGCAUUGCAGAAACAGGUCAAAGACCUGCAGAGUGGAAACACAUCGCUACAAAAUGAAAGAGACAGGCUCUCUGAAGCUCUACAGGAAGCUGAAAGUUCUUUGGCUGAACUCAAAGAACAGGUUGACACUGCAUUGGGAGCUGAGGAGAUGGUGGAAACUCUCACUGAUAACAAUUUAACAUUAGAAGAGGAAAUCAGGACUCUUAGGGAAAAUGUUGCUGACUUGGAAGCUCUUAGAGAUCUGAAUGAGGAACUAGAAGAAAAUCAUAUUCAAACAGAACAUGACUUGAGGGAAGAACUGGAGAUGAAUAACAAUAAACUUCGUGAGAUGGAACGUAAACUGGAGGCAGCACAGGAAAGUAUAGGAGAUCACCAGCAAACAAUUGUUAAAUUCAGGGACUUGGUGGCAAAAUUGCAGGAAAACAACAGAGUUAUGCAGGUACAGCAAGAGGACACAGAGAAACAAAAGAUCAUUGACAUCCCUUCACCUGAAAUGAUUGACUUCAAGGUCAAGGCUGCUGAAUUGAAAACUUUUACAAAGACAAUAGAGAAUGAGUUAAGAAAGUUUGAAAUUCAGCAGGCAAAUGAACAGGUUAAAAUGCUUCACUCAUUUAUGCCUGAGUCAUUCUUAAGGAGAGGAGGUGACAAUGAAAGUGUCUUGCUGCUUUUACUUAUUCCACGGCUGAGUUUUAAGACUGACUUGCUUCAAUCACAACUCAAACAAAAGUAUGAGAUAGCAGAAUGCCUUGAAGAGACUGUUAAGAUUCAUGGUGAAGCUGGGGAAGGACUUAGUUUUGCUGCAGGACUCAUUUAUCAACUUGCUACUCUACAGGCAGUUGUUAGAAAUAUUGAAAGGGCUCUUGAUAGCUGUGAUCCUGGUCUCUUCAAUAAACUGGUUGGAAUAUACCCAGAACUAGCAGCUCAUGAAAGAGCUGUGGAUGUACUGAUUGACUUGUUCAAGAAAGACCAGUUGGAUGAUACAGUUGCCAUGGAACCUUUGGAGAAGGCAAUUCAUUAUUACACCACUAUGGUUCGCUUCCACCUGGCUGGUAACCCUGUGUCACAUUCUGAGUUCUUAGCAGAUGAACUGAGGAUCUUUACAGCUGGCACAGAAGGUGCAACCAUAGAGAUCGAGAGACUGAAACAGUUUACUAAGAAUUGUGAUGAAGGAAGUGCUUUUGGCGAACUUGUCCAAGAUAUGGAACUGAGAAAUGUUGAAAUCCAGCAGUUAUGUAGAAAGAUCAAAAUUAGAAUGCCAGAGGAUCAGAGCAGUACCCUGUCGUUUCCUGAUAAGGUCCAAGAGUCACUGAUUGAUUGCGCCAAGCAACAAAACCUGGAACUGAGGUUUUGCCAGGAGCUAGCUGCGGCCGUGGCACAGAAGGCUUCUAGUUUAGCUGACAAUGAAAACCUGCUCAGUGGUCAGCUUGAUGAGAUGGCCAGUGAUGUUGCAGUGUUGGUGUUUGAGACAGAUGAAGUUCCAUGUAGGGAUAUUGUUAGUCAAACUUUCCAUGAAGUCAUCUCUUUCCUGUACUCGUUUGUGACCAAAAUGCAAGAAGGUGAUUAUGACGCUGAACCUAAGGAGGAAUCUAAGAUGGACCCGCCUUAUCUUCAGCGAGCAAAGGCCUUCAAGUCAGAACUGUUUGACUCAGCCGGUGUGGAGGAGAAACUUCUUCAGAAAGAAAACGAGUUCAUGGAUCUCAAGAAAAAUAUGAAGCUUAAGAAUGAAGAACUGAGUCAGGCGAAUAUUAGAAUUGGACUGCUGGAGAAGCGUCUUGAGAAUAUCAACAAAGAGGCUGACGCACGAGUGGAAUCAGCAAAUCGUAAAAUGGAACAAGCUACUGAGGACCUACAAAGAAAGGAAAAAGAAUUUGAAGAAACCAUGGAUGCACUUCAAAACGACAUCGACAACCUGGAGCGAGAGAAAGUUGACAUGAAAAAACGUUUAGACGCGUAUUCAAAGAAGUCCCUCUUGGCUGACCUCGCCCGCCAUGCUUCUUCGUCGUCCAGUAUCGCGGCUGUUGUAGCAGGCGCAGCUGCUGUUAAGAGCGGUGGAAGUUCUCCCUUGCGAGGUGGCCCAGGGACGGGUCAACAGCCUGUACAAGUGGUGAUCAAGGACUCACCAAUAAUACUCGCUCAGGUGGAUUCACUGAAGAUCGCUUUGAAACAUCUGAGGAACGAAAAUAUACGCCUUAAGAGUCAGCAGUUGAAGGAACAGCUGGAUGAUUUACCAAAAAUAUACGUACCACCCAGGAUUCAGCCACGCUCUGAAACGUCCGAGGGGCAGCAAAUCGACCAAUCAGCUAGCGAGAAGAUGAAAGACUCGGUACCAAGCCUCAACUCGGUCACAAGAGAAACCAACAAAUUGCUUGAGAACCUGCAAAAGAUGAGUGCCUUUCCAAAAGUGGUUGACAUUUCUAACAGAAAACCUGGGUCAGUUCCUGCACUCAGUAAAUUGACCCCAGCUAAUCAUCUGGUGGAGCGAGCGGCUAUUUUACGCGAUCUUAAACGACAGAAAGAAGAGCUCCAAGGCAAAAUACAAAAGUUGAUAGCAGCGGAGUAUCCAGGAGGAACGUCCCACAGUUCCUUUUCGUCAUUCCUGUCGCCAACCUUUUCUAAGGUUCUGCAAGAGAAGGCUCAGGCUCCUCAGCUGGGACGAAUCACAAUUCCUAUGCCAUCUCAAACCAAAUCCAACAAAUACUGUGUCACCUUGAAACCGCAAGAAUUCAGAACACUUCACACUGUAUUUGUCAGCUAGACACUGAGGAUGUAUAGAUAAAUUAUUCAUUUAGGAAAAUAAUGUUAUGUAACAGCGGAAGUUAAAAAAACAAGCAUUCUAUCGGGUGUCCACAGCAUUGUUUGUAUAAGAUCUUACAAUUCACUGCAAAAAUAGGUACAACAAGUGUACUGGUACUGUGCGUUGCAGAAUGUGUAAAGUUGAACGAAUUUCGUCUAUUGUAAUGGCUUCCUUUGGGAAAAUUGAGAUCCCGUCAAAACGUAGUCUUUGUAAUGUCGUGGAAUCUGGUGACUAUGACUUCUUUGUUUUCUGGCCUGAAAAAAAGGGGUGCUUUCUGAAGGAAAAUAAGCCAAAAGGAGGAGGGAAGGUGGUAAUUCCAAUAAGACACACUUGAUGUUUGUUGUUACUCUGCAGAAUAAAUUUCAAGCUUUACAGUAGGCCAUUGUCAGUUAAACUAAGUUUUCAGUUCGAGCUGUAACAUAUCACAUUUAAAAAUUAGGAGAGCUGAGGAUUUGGAGAAUAAAGUAUAGAAAGAACUAUUGA